AUGGUGGUGAAUGUUUUGGUUAAAGGUACCCGGCCGAGUCAAAUCACUCUGAACGGCCCCUCGACUUUCGGUAAUGCCGGUCCAUUGCUCCGGGAUCUGACGGCAGCUAUCGGUCCUACACACCCUGUUCUCGGCGGCACCGAGACUUCAGCGUCCUUCGAUAAUGUGGAUGAACUGAUGCAGCUAUAUCUAUGGCUGGGACGAGUUUCCAUCACAGUGUCUCAGGGCUCCAGGAUUUCCACAGGCAGAAUAAAUCCCAAUCCCUACGUCCCCAAGAAGCCCAGUGAUAAUAUCUCCCCAAAGGCCCAUGUCACGAUCUCUCCAGCAAUGCUAUUGUUUUUUCUCAAUAUAGAUCCCUAUCCCAACGCCCCCAUGAAGCCCAAUGAUAAUCUCUCCCCACACACCCAUGCCAUGAUCUCCCCACCAGUGGCAGGAUCAAUUCCGAUCACUCAGGCUGUGGACGAGGCGCUUACUAACGGCAACCUGCGGGUGGAUGUUGUAAUAGACGGGCAGCGUGGUCGGACAGCUGUGGGAAACGCCGUUCCUAGAUUGACUCAGCUUGAACCAGAAACGACCACAACAACCACAACAACAACGACCACGACAACGCCUGAACCAACUACUACAACCACAACCACCACACCUGCGCCAACAACGACGACAACUACAACAACUACACCUGCACCAACAACGACGACAACCACAACAACUACACCUGCGCCAACAACGACAACUACACCUGCACCAACAACAACGACAACUACAACGACUACACCUGCGCCAACAACGACGACAACUACAACAACUACACCUGCACCAACAACGACGACAACUACAACUACACCUGCUCCAACGACGACAACUACAACAACUACACCUGCGCCAACGACGAUAACUACUACACCUGCGCCAACGACGAUAACUACUACACUUGCGCCAACAACGACAACCACGAGCCCUGUACCAACAACGACAACCACAACGCCUGUGCCAACAACAGCAACCACUACACCUGUUCCAACAACGACAACCACGACACCUGCGCCAACGACAAUUACCCCAGCGCCAACAACCACCACACCUGCGCCAACAACCACCACACCUACGCCAACAACCACCACCACACCUGUGCCUACCACGACAACCACGACGCCUGCGCCCACAACGACGUCAACAACCACUACACCUGCUCCAACCACGACAACAACCACGCUUGCGCCAACGACAACUACUCCAGUGCCAACAACCACCACUCCUGUGCCAACAACCACCACACCUGCGCCAACAACAACCACCACCACACCAGCACCACCACCAACAACAACUACUACACCUGCACCAACGACAAGAACUACACAAGCGCCAGCAGCAACAAGAAUAACCCUUGCACCUAUUCCAAGAAGAACAACCGCACAAAGACCAGCCACAACUCCAGCUGCCUCCAGGACUACUGCGCAGGGAUUACCAUUUUUAGGAGGCUGUUCCCGCAGCGAACCAAGACGGGUAUAUUUCGCGGACCCCAACGAUUGUUCCGCCUUUAGGAUUUGUGUCGGCCGCGCCGUCAUUACAAUGCAUUGCCUACGAGGACUUGUCUACAACGAGGAAAGGAACAUGUGUGAGUGGCCGUGGCAAACGAGCCGUGCAGGAUGUGCACAAAGAUCAGGGUUUGGUGGUUAAUUUGUGACCAGUUGUGACAGCUGCUCAUUCGCCAAUGCUGGAAUGUGUGCGACCUGUGAUGAGCGCGUCACCGAGCGCGUGUCACUGAUGACGUAGUGCGUGGGCAGACGGCUAUCAAGUCGAUACGAACAGCCAUGUUACAACUGAGAAACGGAUAUA